AUGAAUGUCACUGAAUUCCAAUGACUGUGAGCAGGGAUGUGUUGACAGUAUUGGAAGCUACACGUGCUUCUGUAAUGAUGGAUUUAAACUUGCAGAUGACCAAAAAAGCUGUAUUAAAGAUAGUGCUACAGAUCCUUGUUUAACCUACAACACAAAUUGCCAGUAUGGUUGUUAUGUGACCAACAAUAAUCCCACUUGUUACUGUGCCCAUGAUUAUAAACUGAAUCCAGUGGAUAAAUCUUCUUGUAUAGCUUUAAACAACAAACUAUGGGUAAAUUUAACACCAGACCUAGAGUAUUUCUCAGCUUAUACCAGACCAUCAUCUCAAGAUUACAAGAAUAUAGUCAGUGAUCUUAGAAAAUCACUUUUAGCACUUUACCAGUCAGCAAAUUUGACCAAUGUAAAAGAUGUCCGAAUUGAAAGUAUUUCGUCUAAUUUCGAGGUCAAACAUGUAGUGUUUUUUGAUGUGGAAAAUAUUACAUUGGUUAUGGAGAUUGAGUUUGCUAAGGUAUUAAAGAAUCUUCGAGAAAGCAAUUUUACAGUGGGCCAGGUGGAAACAAAAAUUAACACAGAGCCAACAAUAGCUGUCUCAGCCAAAGGAUCACCAUCCUAUGUGACCUGUAUGCUGUGUAGAUCAGCAGUUUGUAUAUUAACUAAUGAGAUAGAAGAUACUUAUUCCUGUGAAAUACAACCAGAUGUUGGAAGAUUUAUUCCCAUUGAACUUGAAGUGAGGAAGGUGUUUGACAGUAAUAUGCAAGAUAAAUUGUCACCCAAGUUUGCUCAACUUUCUCGUGCAGUCACAAUGUCUUUAAACACUUUGUUCAGUACAGUACCUGACUUUGCUGGAAUAGGACCAUUAACAUUUAGAAAGGGAAGUUUGAGUAAUCAGGGAAGCACCUAUAUAGAAACUUCGGUGAGGUUCAACACAACAGCUGGAAGUAACCAGAUCUCAGAGGUUGCUCAAAGACUGGUAGACUUAGAUGCAGACGGCUGUUUACAUAUUGAGGAUGAUUGUGUUGAUUUGGUGGGACAAUCAGUUCUUGGGACCAGAAAGGAAAUAGCCGCAUGUAAGGCUUGUUCAGCUAUGGAAGACUGCGGAAAAAGUGAGGUUGAUGGAUUAUUUAAAUGUAUACCAAAAGAAAAUGUUGUCCCUUCGUCAUCAGAUAGUUCAGAUCUAAUUCUAGGACUAGGUAUUGGUCUUCCACUGUUCCUGAUUAUCCUAUCUAUAUUGAUCAUAAUAUUUGUGUACUGUUUACGACGUAGAAGAGAAAAUGAUGGUGAUUCUAGGGAUUCAUAUACUGAUGCGUAUAAUGUAAGACAAGCCUUUGGAUCGUUGAGUUCAGCAUUUAGUGGUAAACAUAGUGAUUUUAGUGAGACUGGUGGAUUGUUUAACCGACAGUAUCGUAAACACUGGGAUAAACCACCCGAGACAGAAGAACCUUCCACUGUGAUAAACUAUUAUAGAGAUCCAGAAAGACGAGAUCCCUACACACAAAUAUACCCUCCUUUAAACAGAUCUUUCAUACAGCCCAGUGCUCCACCAGAAGAACCACAAGUACGGUCAGAUUUCUCCUGGGAUUUCCUUUAUAAUGCAUUACAACCUAAUGCAGAUUUUCGAAUACAGAGACCUCAAGUAAACACAAGACCUGCGGAAGUGUUCCAGGACUCUCAGGCAUAAAGGAAAAGGGGAGGCUUUUUCAUUGAAUAGGUGUUCAUUAAAAGAUAAUUAUGUGUUCAUUAUUGUGAAGUAGUGUAGAAAAUAUGAGCAGUGCUGUUUGACAAAAUACAUAAGAGAUGUUGUACAAUAUUAAGCCCGAAUUGUUGAAAACAAAAUGGCUUGGAAUAAACUCGGCAUUAAUAGAAAAUGAUUGCAUAUAUAAAGCUUAAGUUUUCAAACAAAGGAAAGAACAAUGGAUUAAUAUAAAUUUAAGAGAUGACAAAGCUUUUUAUUAAUAAGCAAAAUGGUAUAAUGAUGUAGUAGAUCAUGGUAAAGGGAUGGAAACUAGAAUGAUUGAUCAAGGCAAGAAAUGGAAUUAAGCUGAAUCAAAGCAAUUGUCAGCAGGAGUUUGGAAAAGUGAAACAGUUGGUCAGAAAAUAGUUAGAGGUAUCAAACAAUGUUAGUAUUGGAAUGUCUCAGGUGUUUUAUGAGUUUAUGUAGGAUUUUGAUAAAAACAAAUAUUAAAACUUUUUUUUGUUCAGACACUGAAAUGUUCACGACAAUGUCACUGUCUUUGGUCAGUAGGAGCCUCCUAAAAUGAUAGUAAUACAGUGUUUACUUUCUGUCAUGGAGUAAGAAAGUGUAACAUAUGUAGACAGUGUGUUAUUUUUCAUUCCAUCAACAUUAGUGUUCCAUAAAUUGAUCGUCUUUUUUAUUGUAAAGAUUCCGUUAUUGCUUUACAUCAUAAAAAUGCUGAGACUGUAAGUUUUGAUAGAGUUAUGAAUUAUUUAUAAUCAUAGAAUAUUUUUCAAAUUUACCUUACAAUAGAAAUGUUAAUUUUUAUUAUAAAACUGGUAUCAUAUAAUUAUUAAAGGAUAACAUAUUGUUAAGUAAAGUUGAUAAGAAUUUUUACCAUUUUUUGAGAACAGUUAUUUAAAUUUAACAUUUUAUUAUUUUAUGUUGAAUGGUUUGUUAUUAAAAUAUGUGCUGAUAAUAUGCUAUUUGACACUCCAUCAUUAGCUAAAUAUAAGAUUAUGGCAAUAUGUCAAACUCCUGUUCUGAAAUUAUUAGUUCUUUUUAAUGAGAUGCUACCAUAUUCAUAAUUUUUUUCCAUGAAAUCUGAGUGUACUUUAUUAUAUGACAAUAUGUUGGUAAUUCUAAUCAAAACCUAAGUUUUAUUUGAUUAAAUGUCAUCAUAUAAGAAAUUAGUUUUAAACACUCUUAAUUCUAGUUGAUUUACUGUUGAUAUGUUUAAGAUUGUUAAGUUAUACAGAAAAAGAUUGUUUUUCUAUUUGAAUUAUUUGAAUAAACACGUAUGCCUCCCUUAUGCUAAUAUUUGUGUUUUUGUUAAAUUGUAAUUAUGUUGUAAAAAUUAUGUUAUGUAUUAACUUGAAUGACAUUUAAUUUCUUUGAAUAAAUAUAAUUAAAAUUGUA